AUGCGAUUCUCCAUCACGACCCUCUCCCUCCUCGCGCUCUUCAGCUUCGUCUCGGCCGAAGCCAACGCCAUCCCCAAUGCCGACCCAGUAGCGGAGCCCAAUGCUGCUCCUGAUGCUGAGGCUAACACUAACAACCUCUGGAACGCUAUCAAUGGCGCUGCCAAAGCGAAGCAAGCCGCCGCUCUCAACCUAAAGAACUUCGGCAUGUUCGGAGCCAUUGGCUUUCCCAAGGAGCAGACUUGGAGGCAGAAGUGUAAGAAGAAGAAUCCCAAGAUUGAGCAUGUGAUUGCGAAGUUUUGUGAGAGGGGAACUGGUGGCAAAGGCGGCGUGACCGUGCCAAACAAAUACCCAAGCGGCGGCAUGUGUACAAACAUUGACCCCAAGGCUGCAAACCAUGCACCUGAUGGUAAGGGCAAUCCGCAUGUGAAAAAGCAAGUCCAGUGGUGUACGAAGAUUGGAAGUAAGAAGAAGAAGUGCAAGCCUUUCCGCAUUUCCAAGGACAUGUGCAUGGGCAAGCUCUUCCAGGUGUGUGCCAAGGGCGAUAAUGAAGGCAAAGGGAAGGCGGCUGAGAAUGGAGGCUGUCAGGUCUAUAGGACUGGGAAGAUCAACUACUCGAACAAUUGGGUGGGCGUUGGGAGGAACCCGUUCUAUGACGGCUGGACGGCGGCUGGUUUUUAUUGA